AUGGGGACUAAAGGAAUAACCAGAACAAGUAACUCCUCUUGCUUUUCGUUUUACUUGUCUUUAAUGCUUUUUUUCGGAAAAUGGGCUUUGGCAGAAAUAAGGUACUCUAUUCCAGAGGAGGUUAAAGAAGGAACUGUUGUUGGAAAUGCUGCUAAGGAUCUUGGUCUUGACAUCACCUCUUUGUCUGACCGACGGUUCCGUGUUGUUUCUGAAUCUAAGGAGAUAUUUUUUGAGGUAAACCAGAACAAUGGGGCUCUCUAUGUUCAUAAGAAUAUCGACAGAGAGGAGCUCUGUCACGGCAGUGGUGCCUGCCUGAUGGAGCUAAAAGUCAUAGUCGAAAACCCUUUGGAAAUACACUAUGUUGUCGUGGAAAUUGUCGAUGUAAAUGAUCACACUCCUAGUUUUCCUGAAAAACAGCAGAGAUUUGAAAUAGCAGAACAUACGUUACCAGGAAAGCGAUUUCAGCUACACACUGCUCGUGACCCCGAUGCUGGAAUUAACUCUAUUCGUACAUACACUUUAACUUCAAAUGACCACUUUGAAAUAGAUAUCCGUCAAAGCGAUGAUGAAAAAAUACCAUUCUUAGUACUGAAGAAGUCAUUAGACAGAGAGCAAAAGAACAAACAAAGACUACUGGUUACAGCAGUUGAUGGAGGUAAACCUCCUAGAUCUGGCACACUGAAUGUUUCCAUUAUUGUUCUAGAUAUUAAUGACAAUCGUCCGAUAUUUAGUCAGGACGUUUACCAAAUUGAAAUACAAGAAAAUGUUGCAGUCGGUACUUUAGUAUUUCAAAUUAAUGCCACGGAUCCAGAUGAAGGCACCAACGGUGAAAUUGAAUACAGCCUUGGAAAAACUCUUAAGAAAAAAGUCUAUGACAUUUUUGAACUGGACAAAUUAACUGGAGAGAUUAGAGUAAAAGGAGUAGUGGAUUAUGAAGAAAACGAUGUUUAUAAACUGGAUAUUGAGGCAUCAGAUAAAGGAACACCUCCACUGACAGGUGAGUGUAGGGUCAUUGUAAAAAUAAAAGAUGUUAACGAUAAUCCACCGGAAAUAGAAGUAACAUCACUGUCAGAUACAGUGUCUGAAGACUCAAAGCCUGGAACAGUUAUUUCGCUACUGAGUGUGCGAGAUAAAGACUCCGGUGUUAACGGAAAAAUAAUUUCAAGUAUAACCUCAGACGUGCCUUUUCAAUUGCAACCAUCAUACAAAGAGAACAUAUAUUCAGUUAUUACUAAGGAUUUUUUAGAUAGAGAGGAGGUGUCACGUUAUGAAAUAACAGUAAAAGCCACUGAUGGUGGUGAACCUCCCCUAUCAACUUUCAAAAGUCUUAGCAUUCAUAUAUCAGAUGUAAACGACAAUAUUCCAAAAUUCUCCCAAAAUCCUUUACAAUUUUACAUGUCAGAAAAUAAUGUUGCUGGAAAGUCGAUAUUCUCUGUAAGUGCAACGGACAAAGAUGCAGACGACAAUGCAGCUAUUGCAUAUCAUAUUAUGAGAGAAGGGAGUCAAAAUGACAUAUUUUCUUUUCUAAAUAUAAAUCCCAGUAAUGGACACAUCACCGCGCAAAAAAGUUUUGACUUUGAAACAAUGAAAACUUUCCAGUUCAAAGUUGUUGCCUCAGACUCUGGCACUCCGUCACUAAGCAGCAACGUCACAGUGAACGUAUUCAUUCUGGAUCAGAACGACAACGCUCCAGUCAUCCUGUAUCCACUCAGCUCUAACGGUUCUGCUGAAGGUGUGGAGGAGAUUCCCCGCAACGUGAACGCAGGACACUUGGUGACUAAAGUCAGAGCCUAUGACGCUGAUAUAGGAUAUAACGGCUGGUUACUGUUUUCACUGCAGGAAGUUACUGACCACAGUCUCUUUGGUUUGGACCGUUAUACAGGACAGAUCAGAACACUUCGCUCAUUCACAGAGACAGACGAGGCUGAGCAUAAACUGGUCAUACUUGUCAAAGACAAUGGCAACGUUUCACUCUCAGCAACAGCUACUGUGAUUGUCAAACUUGUGGAGCCCAAAGAGGCUUUUGCAGCUUCUGAUGUGAAAAAUUCAGCAAAAGCAGAUGAGGAAAAUAAUGUGACUUUUUACCUGAUGAUAACUUUGGGCUCAGUUUCAGCACUUUUUCUCAUCAGUAUCAUCGUGCUGAUUGCAAUGCAGUGCUCAAAAUCCACAGACUAUAAUUCUAAAUAUCUACAAGAGACUAACUAUGAUGGGACACUGUGUCACAGCAUCCAGUACAGAUCUGGAGACAAACGGUACAUGUUAGUUGGACCCAGAAUGAGUAUAGGAUCUACUAUUGUCCCUGGAAGUCAUGCGAAUACACUUGUGCUUCCUGACAGGAGGAGAACAUCUGAAGAGGUACGACAUGUUUCGAUUUUAACUGAAAAUACCUUUCAUGCAGUCACAGAGAAUUUACUAAGGGUUAAGAUAUUUUCUUCCAAACUGAUAAGAUUAGAAACAUACAAAACAAUUUACUACUAG